ACCAAGCAAUGUUUAUUUCCAAGUAUAUAUGAAACAUCAGAAAGAAAUUUCAUCAAUGGCCACAGCCAAGAUUUUCCCAAACUCGUUUGCAUUCCUCCUGUCUGCUUCUCUCGUCUCUCUCCUGCUUCUGAGUUAUGCCUUCCAAGGAGCAAAGAGUAGAAUGGAGUACAGCAGCGAGGAUCUUCAGCAUGCUCAUCAUGUUCUUCACGUUAGCUCUCUACUGCCAUCAGCCCUUUGCAACUCAUCUACCCAAGCUCUCCACCAAAAGAAAUCAUCGUUACAAGUUGUCCACAAGCAUGGACCUUGCUCUCAGCACCAUCAAGACAAAGCGACAAAAACUCCCAGGAACGCGGAGACCCUCUUCCAGGAUCAAGCCCGAGUGAGAUACAUUCGGUCCAGACUGGCCAAGAACUCAGCAGUAUCCAGCGAUGUGAAGGAGACUGAUGCCGCCAAUCUCCCUGCCAAGGAUGGUAGCGUGGUGGGCUCGGGGGAUUACGUAGUCACCGUGGGUCUUGGCUCCCCAAAGAAACAACUCUCUCUCAUAUUUGAUACAGGAAGCGACAUCACCUGGACACAGUGUCAGCCUUGCGAUGUAUAUUGCUAUGAUCAGAUGGAAACGAUAUUUGACCCCUCGAAAUCCUCGACAUAUUCCAACAUUUCAUGUGACUCGGCAGUCUGCAAUUCACUGUUAUCUGCAACAGGUAACUCACUUGAUUGCUCAUCAUCGGCAUGUGUAUAUGGCAUUCAAUACGGAGACUCCUCUUCCUCGGUUGGAUUGUUUGCCAAGGAAAGGCUAACCUUAACAUCAACAGAUGUGUUCGACGGCAUUCUUUUCGGUUGUGGCCAAAACAACCAAGGUACUUUCGCUGGCGCAGCCGGUUUGCUAGGACUUGGCCGAGAUAAUCUAUCUUUGCCUUCACAAACCGCCAGGAAAUACAAUAAGUUUUUCUCCUACUGCUUGCCAUCGUCCCCCAGCUUAACAGGUUUCCUCACUUUCGGCAAAGAUAGUGGUAAGGGCAGCUCUAAAUCCGUAAAAUUCACUCCAUUAUCCACAGCCGCAGGCCUCCAGGAUUCAUCAUUUUACGGCCUUGACAUUACUGGAAUCAGCGUUGGUGGCCGAAGGCUAUCGAUUCGAGCAUCAGUUUUCACCGCUGCUGGUGCAAUCAUCGACUCCGGGACGGUCAUCACUCGCUUGCCACCGACUGCCUAUGCAGCUCUGAGGUCUGCGUUUCGACAAAGAAUGAGCCAAUACCCGAUGACUGACGCACUUUCAAUCCUUGACACAUGCUAUGAUUUUAGCAAUUACAAAUCCGUCGCCGUACCAAAGAUAAGCCUCUUCUUCAGCGGAAACGUUGAGGUGAAAAUCACCCCGGUGGGGACAAUGUACUCUGAGACUGUGUCGCAGGUAUGCCUAGCGUUUGCUCCAAAUGAUGAUGACGGUGAAGUGGCGAUUUUUGGGAAUACGCAGCAAAAGACAGUGCAAGUGGUACACGAUGGCGCUGGACGAAGGAUUGGAUUUUCUGCUGGGGGAUGCCGGUAAUCAAGUUUGUCUAUCUGAUUCAGAAGAGUAAUCCUCAAUCUAGACUCUUCAUCAUAUGGUAUAUACAUAUGGUGUAAGAUUGAAUAACUGUUAUUGGAGAAAGCUAUCUUUCAGUAUCGCUGCAGUUCAUCUA